UGUCGCCGCCGCCCGCCGCCCGCCGCCCGCCAGCCUCGCGCACCUGUUGGCGGCACCGAGGACUGCUGCAUGAGGGGCCGCCGGGGGGACCGCAUGGCCAUCAACAUCCAGGAGCACAUGGCCAUCAACGUGUGCCCCGGGCCCAUCCGCCCCAUCCGCCAGAUCUCCGACUACUUCCCCCGCCGGGCGGCAGGGCCCGAAGCCGGUGGCCGGGGCAGCGGGGAGGCCCCUGCGGGGCUGGCGCCCCUGGCCCUGGCCCCCCCUGCAGCCCUGCUCGGAGCCACCACACCUGAGGACGGGGCCGAGGUGGACAGCUAUGACUCGGACGACACCACCGCCCUGGGCAUGCUGGAGUUCGACCUUCUCUACGACCAGGCCUCCUGCACGCUGCACUGUAGCAUCCUCAGAGCCAAGGGCCUCAAGCCCAUGGAUUUCAAUGGCCUGGCAGACCCCUAUGUCAAGCUGCAUCUGCUGCCCGGAGCCUGCAAGGCCAACAAGCUGAAAACGAAGACUCAGAGGAACACGCUGAAUCCUGUGUGGAAUGAGGACCUGACCUACAGCGGGAUCACAGAUGAUGACAUCACCCACAAGGUGCUCAGGAUCUCUGUCUGUGAUGAGGACAAGCUGAGUCACAAUGAGUUCAUUGGAGAGAUCCGUGUACCUCUUCGCCGCCUCAAGCCUUCACAGAAGAAGCAUUUUAACAUCUGCCUGGAGCGCCAGGUCCCGCUGGCAUCACCUUCCUCCAUGACGGCAGCCCUGAGAGGCAUCUCGUGUUAUCUAAAGGAGCUGGAACAGGUGGAGCAGGGACCAGGGCUGCUAGAGGAACGGGGACGCAUCCUGCUGAGCCUCAAUUAUAGCACACAGCGCCGAGGGCUGCUGGUGGGCAUCCUACGCUGUGCCCACCUGGCUGCCAUGGACGUCAAUGGCUACUCAGACCCUUAUGUCAAGACAUACCUGCGCCCUGAUGUGGAUAAGAAAUCCAAGCACAAGACUUGUGUGAAGAAGAAGACACUAAACCCGGAGUUCAAUGAGGAGUUCUUCUAUGAGAUGGAGCUCUCUGCUCUGGCCACCAAGACGCUGGAAGUCACUGUCUGGGACUAUGACAUUGGCAAAUCCAACGACUUCAUCGGUGGCGUGUCUCUGGGGCCCGGAGCCAGGGGAGAGGCCCGGAAGCACUGGAGCGACUGUCUGCAGCAGCCGGAUGUUGCCCUGGAGCAUUGGCACACCCUGACCAAUGAGCUGCCAGCCGCAGCCGGGGCACUCUCCUCAGCUUGAGGUGGCUACAGGCCCCCAGCACAGGUCCUUGGCCAGGGCCCACCUCUGAGCCCUUCGCACGAGUGUGUUGCACGUUUACACGGGGCACCUGCCCCACCCUGCACUACCUGUCUUAUUUUGUGAGAGUCUCCGUGACCGUGGGUCUGUCUUCUUGUGAGGGACUGUGGAGAUCUGUAUUCACAUAUGCAAACUUCCUCCUGCCUGACUCGCUAUUACGCAAAUAUGCAAACCUCCCAUCUUGUGCCCCCGCUGCUGCUCCUUCCUCCUGCCUCUCCAGGCUGCCCCAUCCUCUUCCCCCUGUAGGGAAAGGGAUGGAUAGGAGGGGUUUGGAGGAGGAUAAUGUUUCCAGAAAAGCAAAGGACAAACACCAAACUGGAGCCACUCCUUUAAUAGAGAAUUUCAUUAAGAACACCUCGCCCUAUACGGCUGCCCUUUACAGGGGUCACCAUGAGUUCUGUCUCUCUUGAAGGGGCAGGUGCUCCCGGCCACUCCCUCCAAGAACUGUCCUGAUGGGGCCGGGAUGAGAGCGCAGGGCCCCUGUCCUUUGGUGAGGGCUACCUCCCGGGGACAUCAGUGCAUGUUUACGCCUUUUCUGAUUGUGUCAGUGGCCGCAGCAUGGCAACUGGGCAUCAAUAAACGAAUAAAUGUCUCUGCGGAA